AUGUGUAUUUCGCUUUGUUUAAAUUACCUUAAAUAUUCUCCAUUCUUACUAUUUGACGAACUAGCUUAUGCGUUAAUCUCGAGAUUAGAUAGGAGCAAAAUCUUUCCUCCCACUUAUCAUACUAGGCCAGAAGAUUUUAUUUGUGUUGAAACGCAACACGCACAACAAAGAUUUUACGUAAAAGGAACAUGUUUCUUUUUCUGCUGCCAAAAUGUUAAGGAAGCGGCAAACGUAUUGGGGAAUCAAACACAUAUGCGGAUUAUUUUCAAAGCAGCUGGUAUUUAUUGGAGCGCUGCUUCAAAUGAAGAGAAGGAUGUCUACAAAAAUUUAUAUAAUGCUACUCAAAACCUUUGUUUAAGAAGGAACAAUAAUACCAUCGUUCAACAAUUUUCCCACCCCCCUACUCCAAAUCCUGUUUAUGAAACAAUGUCAAAUCAGUUUAAUAACGGGAUUCUUUUUGACACAUUUGAACCAAAUUUUAAUGUUUGGUAA